UUCCGGACUGUGCGUUCCACAUACAGGAAGUGAGUUUUCAUCGACUGCUUGCUGCCUCGCAGUGUACGUGGAGAUCAGGGUUACACAGUAGUGAAGAAGAUAUCUGGUGAGUGUGAGACACCCAGCAGCCAUCCUCGUGUGUCAGGCGGACUAAGCACGACCCACAGCCCCAUCACAGUGCCUCCACCUCACUCACUGAUACAUGAGAGACACAGUGACCAGAAGAUCCUGGAACUCACCAACAAGAUCAUUCAGCUGCUGAAAGGAGAGGAGGUGGAGUAUAUAGAGGAACACAAGGGUCUUUACAUGGACGUGAUGAUGGAGAAUCACCGGCCCCUCACAUCACUGGAUGGGCCCAGUAACAGAGAUACCCCAGAGAGAUGUCCCCGUCCCCUGUAUUCCCAGGAUUGUACAGAGGAGAAUCACAGGAUCCCACAGGAAGAUCAGGUAGAACGUCUGUCUAAUAUUAAAACAGAAGAUACAGAGGGAGAAGAAGAGACGUAUGUGACUGAUAUAAAGGCAGAAGAUAUAGAGGGAGAAGAAGAGUCGUAUGUGACUGAUAUAAAGGCAGAAGAUACAGAGGGAGAAGAAGAGACGUAUGUGAGGGGUGAUCAGCAGUGUAAGGAGGAGGAGAUCCCUACAGAUAUCAGCACAGCAGAUGGACACACAAGCAGGAAUAUCUCAGAAGGACGUCUAAUGUUAUCCCCGGAUUGUGACAUAAAAGAUGACAGUAGACAGGAUUCUCCAGGAAAUAAUCCCAUUACCCCAAUUAUACAUCCAGCUCUAUCAUCUGAUCCCCCUGAUCCUGGGAAAUGUUCUCCUGAUCACUCUGAUAUUGGAGCAUUUGUUACAGCUCUGAGAGUAGAUACAGUGUUUCCCUGUUCUAUAGAUGCCAAAUGUUUUACACAGAACACAAAGCUUAUUACCCAUCAGCCAGCUAAGGCAGCUGAGAGGCAAUUUCCAUGUUCUGAGUGUGGAAAAUGUUUUACAUACAAAUCAGCUCUUGUUAGACAUCAGAGAAGUCACACAGGUGAGAGGCCAUUUCCAUGUUCUGACUGUGGAAAAUGUUUUACUUGGAAAUCAUGUCUUGUUACACAUCAGCAAAGUCACACAGGUGAGAAGCCAUUUCCAUGUUCUGAGUGUGGGAAAUGUUUUGGCCGGAAAUCACAACUUGUUAUACAUCAGAGAACUCACACAGGUGAGAGGCUAUUUCCAUGUUCUGACUGUGGAAAAUGUUUUACUUGGAGAUCAAGUCUUGUUACACAUCAGCAAAGUCACACAGGUGAGAAGCCAUUUCCAUGUUCUGAGUGUGGGAAAUGUUUUGCCCGGAAAUCACAUCUUGUUAUACAUCAGAGAAGUCACACAGGGGAGAAGCCAUUUCUAUGUUCUGAGUGUGGGAAAUGUUUUGCAGACAAACUAGAGCUUGUUAGACAUCAGAGAAGUCACACAGGUGAGAAGCCGUUUCCAUGUUCUGAGUGUGGGAAAUGUUUUGCAGACAAACCAGGGCUUGUUAGCCAUCAGAGAAGUCACACAGGUGAGAAGCCAUUUUCUUGCUCUGAGUGUGAGAAAUGUUUUGCCCAGAAAUCACAACUUGUUAGACAUCAGCUAAGUCACACAGGUGAGAGGCCAUUUCCAUGUUCUGAGUGUGGGAAAUGUUUUGCCCUGAAAUCAGAUCUUGUUAAACAUCAGAGAAGUCACACAGGUGAGAAGCCAUAUUCUUGCUCUGAGUGUGGGAAAUGUUUUACACAGAACUCAUAUCUUGUUAUACAUCACAGAAGUCACACAGGUGAGAAGCCAUUUCCAUGUUCUGAGUGUGGGAAAUGUUUUAGCCAGAAAUCACAUCUUGUUACACACCAGAGAAAUCACACAGGUGAGAAGCCAUUUUAAUCUUCUGGAGUAUACUUAUUAUUGCCAUGCGUUGUUCUUCAAGGUUCUUAUCCUAUGUCCUGUGCUUUUUGCAAUAUACAUGCAACCACUGGGUGAAAUAAUCAGCUGUCAUGCCCUCAUCUACCACUGCCUACAGAUGGUCUGUCUUUUGUUCUGGGUACUGAGAACCCAGUACCAAUCCUAAAUGUCUAGCUGAGCUCCAGGUGUGGGUGUUGCCAGCGGGCUGUGACUUAAUCCAGGUGAAACAGGUCCUUAUGCUAGCUCACCAACAAAGGACAGGGCUACAGCUCAGCUUUGUUACCAACCAGACUUACGCUUGGGGGUUCAGGUUUACAUAAUGCUGAUCCUGUGCAGAAUCUUGGUGUCCUGGAUGGUAGAGUGACACUUAGACAUCAGGUAUCUGCCACAAUCAGAUCCUCAUCUGAGGAACAUAGUCAGACUCCAGCACUUAUUUCCCUCAGAAGAUCUACCUACAGUCAUACAUGCACUUGUAUCAUCACACAUAGACUACUGCAAUGUCCUCUACCUGGGUCUCCCAGCAAAAGAAUUGCACCGCUUGUACAGAAUGCAGCAGCCAGGCUGUUACCUAACCAGCCCGUUCCUGCCACAUAACACCCAUUCUCUACUCCCUUCACCGGCUGCCUGUAAGAUGGUGACUCUGGGCCUAAUUCAGGUUGGACUACAGUGUGUGAUCCAAACGGAAUUAUUGAGAAAAACUUGCGGACGCAUGCGCAGCGCCCGUCCUGCGUAUGCACCUGCAUUCUCUACAGGGGGCUGUAGGAAAUGUGAUUGCUUCUUGUUAAACAGGCAGAGGCGGUCACGGGGUGGGGGGUAAAGCUCCAUUUCCAGUGAGAAGAUGGAGCGUUACAAGUGCGGUGUUGCGAGAAAGGGAGGCGGACAAACGGUCAUGUUCACUGUGGCUGCAUGACAUCACACGCAGCCAUCGCAAUCUAGAAGAACGCGGUGGGGAUCCUGCAGGCACAGCUAAGCUGGCAGGAUGCUUCACUAGUUUCUAAGAUGAAGCAGAAAUUGUGGAGCGAUCGCAAUUUCUGCUUCAUAAAGGGGGGAGGCGCCGGUCAGCAUACUAGGCUGCCUCGCCCUGCGAUGGGCAGCCCCCAGCACGCUAGAAAAAGGAUUGCUAAUUAGCAGCAUCUGCUAUCCUUACUGACUUACUGUAGGGCCCCUAUUACAUAAUCUUACUGACUCUCCCAGCCCUACAUGACCAGGGUCCAUGUACCAGAAGCAGCUUCUGCCUCCUUACUGACUUACUGUAGGCCCCUAUUACAUAAUCUUACUGACUCUCCCAGCCCUAAAUGACCAGGGUCCAUGUACCAGAAGCAGCUUCUGCCUCUUUACUGACUUACUGUAGGCCCCUAUUACAUAAUCUUACUGACUCUCCCAGCCCUAC